AUGAUAACAUCGAAGAAGUUUGCAAAGCCCAAUGAUAUCGCGCAAGUUGUUCGUUUCUUCAGUAAUUUACUCACUGGCUUGACAGUGUACGGCUUCGAUGAUAAAAUGAUCAACUUGAAGGACGAUGAUGUGGCUAUCAAUUGGGCUAUGGCUCUGAUCAUUGACACUUAUGUGGUAAUUCUCUUAUUCAGGGCUUUGUUGAACUUUUUCUAA